GCGUCUGCAGCUAGACCCUCCUUUUCAAUGCCGGCGUGGGAUUGGUGUUUGUAGUGGGGCGUGAAUAUUGCGUUAGUUCCGGCCGAGCGAAGAAUUCGGGCUAAAGAUGGCGGCAUUUGUAACAUUUAGAGGUUCAUUUACAUUAAUGAGACGUUUGCUUUCUCCACUGUACUAUAAACAUUGCUGCUCAAGAGUGCAAGUCGUUCGACCAGCAUUUUCAGCCUAUCGCAUUCACUUCAUUCGCCUGCCAUAUAGGAGUUUUAAGACAAGUCAUUGUAAUCCCGUCCCGAUUUUCCAAUUUAAACUUUCGGACAUUGGGGAGGGCAUCCAGGAGGUGACGGUGAAAGAAUGGUAUGUGAAGGAAGGGGACAAGGUGUCCCAGUUCGACAGCAUCUGCGAAGUGCAGAGCGACAAAGCCUCAGUGAUGAUCACCAGCCGUUACGACGGCAUCAUCCGUAAGCUUUACUACGAUGUGGACUCCGUCGCGCUGGUGGGGACGCCGCUCGUGGACAUCGAAACCGAGCCGACUGAGGAGGAAGCUCCAGAAAAGGAUGUCGUCGAAACACCAGCCAUGUCCCAUGAAGAACACACCCACCAGGAGAUCAAGGGACACAAGACUCUGGCUCCACCGGCUGUCCGCCGCCUGGCCAUGGAGAACAACAUUAAGCUGAGUGAGGUAGUGGGGACAGGAAAAGAUGGGCGUAUCUUGAAAGAGGACAUCCUCAACUACCUGUCCAAGCAGACCGGCGCCAUCCUGCCCCCCACUCCGUACCAGGAGAUCCAGCCGCCACCACCCUUGGCGGCCCCUUCGGCAGCAAAGCAGAAGGACAGGGCCCCUCCUGGGGUCACCCGGCCUGUGUUACAUAGACCAGUGUUAACAGGAAAGGACCACAUAGAGCCCCUCAAAGGGUUCCACAAAGCGAUGGUGAAAACAAUGACUGCAGCACUGAAGAUCCCACACUUCGGAUACUGUGAUGAGGUGGACAUGAGCAAGCUGAUGCGUCUGCGCUCCGAGCUGAAGGACCUGGCUGAGUCGCGGGGCAUCAAGCUGACCUACAUGCCAUUUUUCAUUAAGGCAGCCUCCUUAGGCCUUCUACAGUACCCCAUCCUCAACGCCUCCCUGGACGACAGCUGCCAAAACAUCACCUACAAGGCAGCGCACAACAUCGGCCUGGCUAUGGACACACCGCAGGGCCUUCUCGUGCCCAACGUGAAGAACGUGCAACUGCUGAGCAUCUUUGACAUUGCGGUUGAGCUCAACCGUCUGCAGUCCCUUGGCACAUCGGGGCAGCUUGGUACCAGUGACCUCACCGGAGGCACCUUCACCAUCUCUAACAUCGGCUCGAUCGGGGGCACCUAUACGAAGCCCGUUAUCCUGCCUCCUGAAGUGGCCAUUGGAGCACUGGGGAAAGUGCAGGUCCUGCCUCGGUUUAACUCCAAAGGUGAGGUGGUGAAAGCGCACAUCAUGAACGUCAGCUGGUCCGCUGACCACCGCAUCAUUUACGGGGCGACCAUGUGCCGCUUCUCUAACCUUUGGAAGUCCUACCUGGAGGACCCAGCCACCAUGGUCUUCGACCUCAAGUGAUCGUGCAGCACUUGUUGCCACCUGAACUGAAGUGACCAGAGAUGUCUGAUGAUAUAGAUUGACUUUAUUCGGACUUUGCCCCCAGUUUUUCUGUCCUAAUCACCCCCCCUCACUGCUGUUAAUGGGGUCAUAACACAUGAUAUGCGUUUGCGGCAUUCUUAACACUGAUCCCAUUGUAGGGACCUCAUUGCCUUCAGGUUUGACUUGACAUGCCUUCCUGUUGUCUUGCGUACCGAGUCAUGAGUUCUAUGUUAUCUUAGAUUCGAGCUGCAGUAUGUCCGUGGCAUGCUCGUCAGUAUAAGGUCAAUAGGUUGCCUACCCUAUGGGGCAGUCGGUAGAACAAUUGUUAAACACACAGAUGUGCAAUGUGAAGGUUGCUGGUUCGUGUCCUGCAAGGGACAUGGCUGGUAGACUAUGAAAUAUUAUUUUAAACUGAAUUACUCUAGUUGAUAUCUGACUAUAUGAACGUGGUGUGAUAAUCAUGGUGAAUUUCUUUGGGUAAAAGCAUCGAGCUGUCUGCUUGUGUGCUAUCACUUAGCUAUCACUUAGCUAUCACUCAGAGGGGUGGGACCCUCAGGGUACAUGCCAAUAAUGUAAACAGCCAGUAAUGUAAUAACUGCCAAUAAUAAAAUUUCAAAAUUAAAGUAAUAACUUUACGCACAAAAAGCAAUUACAUUAUUGACUGGGUAUGACAUUAUUGGCUGGUAUAGCAACCAAUAAUAACGAUUAUUAAUGUAUUAAAAUGAUUACAUUAUGGGAUGUGAAUUCCCUGUUGCAAUAGCUUUUUUUCUGGCAUAUUCACUGCAUUCCCCAUUUAAUAAUCACGAUGUUGCUCUAUUUGGUAGUCCCCCCGCCCAAGCAGCUACUUUUUUUUUAUUUUAGUUUCUAGUAGUCGCUGUACUCAUUACAUUAUUAAUUACUGGGGAAUAAUGGACACAUGAUUUCCGGAGAUUAGUGCUGUUGUGGUUCCCAGCCCUAACCACCUGUAGCCACCGUUUAGAUUCUGAUGCAUUUCUUGAGUGGAUGUGUAAUGCUGGGUGAGUGUGGAUUAGGUUUUAAUAAAUUUGUGGUGUCAGAUCUGUG